CCUUGCGUCAUUCCAGAGCAAGGGUUUUUCAGGGUUAGCUUCUUCUUGCUGCUCUCGCGCCGCCUCCGCCCCCCCGGAUCUCGUCGUCAGAGCGAAGAAGGGAAAAAUAAUGGCGGAGAAGGCCGUGACGAUCAGAACUCGGAAGUUCAUGACCAAUCGUCUUCUCUCCCGCAAGCAAUUCGUCAUCGAUGUCCUUCACCCUGGAAGAGCUAACGUCUCCAAGGCGGAGUUGAAGGAGAAGUUGGCGAACCUUUACGAGGUGAAGGAUCCGAACUCGAUCUUUGUUUUCAAGUUUCGGACUCACUUUGGAGGGGGAAAAUCUACCGGUUUUGGGUUGAUUUACGACUCGGUGGAUAGCGCCAAGAAGUAUGAGCCCAAGUAUCGGCUCAUCAGGAAUGGGCUCGCCACAAAGGUUGAGAAGUCGAGGAAGCAAAUGAAGGAAAGGAAAAACAGAGCAAAGAAAAUCCGAGGUGUCAAGAAGACCAAAGCUGGAGAUGCUGCUAAGGCUGGGAAGAAGAAGUGAAUGGAUUCUUCAGUUGUUUUUAUUGCAUUGCCAUCUUGUGUUUGUGACUUGCUAGAAUUAAAAUAAUUUUAGAGGUUAUUAAUUUUGCUGAUUUUGGAAUUUGAGUUUGGUUGGAGUCUCGUAAGGAUGCAGUGGAUUAGCAAAAUUCAAACUCUAUUAAGUAACCUUUGACAUCCAGGUUAAGUUUUUUCAAAGAUGCUCUACAUGUUUUGGUCCAAACCGGUUAUUCCAAGUAUUGUUGUCACUACAUUCUUUUCUGUAA